GCCCUGGCUUGAGCAAUCCAGCCCUGUUCGAAAUACACAAAGCAAAAGUGAAAAAAGCAUACAAAAAUAAUAAAAAUUCAAUGAAAAGUUGCAUCUUUUCGCUGCAUUAUCGAAUUAACGGUACUGGGUGUACACUGCAAACAUUAAGUGCUGUAGAUAAAUAGGAAACAAAUCUCAAAUUGAAUCAAACGCAACAUAUAUAAACAAACCUCACAGCAGCAGCCACACAAAAUGGCCACCAGCGAGAUUUCCAGCUCCAAUGAGCGGCACUACUACGCAAAGCUGGAGGCGAUCAAGGACAUACGGGACAAGACGUUGACCCUGGAGAAGCUCAAGGUGCGCAUCAUCAAGGAGGUGAAGCUGAGCGACGACGAGGAGAAGUGCCUCGAUGAGUACCGCAAAGAGAUGGAACAUCUGCUCGAGGAGAAGAUGUCGCACGUGGAGGAGCUGCGUCAGAUCCAUGCAGAUAUCAAUGACAUGGAGAAUAUCAUCAAGCAGACCAAGGAGAAUCAGACGCGCUCCUUUGACAUGGCCAACCGCGUGUACGAGGAAUAUCUCGCUCUCAAGUAUCAAAUCGACCACAUGCGGCGUGACUAUCUAGGUCUCAGUCCGCUGCGGGAUCUGCAUGAGGAGGAGGGCAGUCCCAUAUCCAAGGAUCGCUUUCAAACCAAUUUCCUCAAGGUGGCCGCUCAAUCGGCGGCUGCUGCAGCAGCUGCAGCGGCAGCGGCGGCCGCCUCACAGCCCGCAUCCUUGGCCAGACCACAUGCUCGGCAUCCUCUGAUGGCGGAGGCAACGGUGACAGCAUUGCCACCGAAUGCAACUGGCGCUGGCGGCGGCGGUGGCUCAACGGUGCCCAGUGGUGGUGGCGGUGGUGGUGGUGUUGGACCUGGUCAUGCAUUUAUGCCACCGGCACCACCAGGCGCUCCCGGCAGUGCUGGCGCUGCCGCUGCCGCAGCUGUUGCUGCCGCGCGUCUGGGCAAGAGUGACUUCUCGGCACCACCACCGCCACCGCCGACCACAAAUCGGUUGCAGCAGACGCCAUCGAUCGGCAUCGGUCAUCAUCCGUCGUUCCGUUCCGACUUCAAUGUGAAUCUGAGGCAACAGCCGCCGCCAAUGAAAUCCUGUUUGUCCUGCCAUCAGCAGAUCCAUCGCAAUGCACCCAUUUGUCCCCUCUGCAAGGCCAAAUCGCGCUCACGUAAUCCCAAAAAGCCCAAAAAGAAGAAUAACUAAUUGCCAACAAACUCUCAAUAAUUCGCUUUGUAUGUGUUCCAUUUAAUUGGAAUAUUAUUUGUUUGUUUCUCAAUUUUAUUUUUUUUUUGUGGUCUUCAUGUACUUAUUUAUUAACCUAGCGACGGAAAAACAGUUAAGAGGCGCACAUUAAAAGUAUUACAUUUUUUUCUCAUAACCAUUAGAUUGUAAGAUUGCUAAAGAUGUUCUCAUAUUUUGUGUCAGCUAUGCUAGUAUUGCAAAUUAUUAUUAUUAAUAAGUUUGUGGACAUUCUACAUUUAAUCAUAAGCAAAAUACAGUGUCAAAUUGAACUAAACUACUUUUUUAUACGUGUAAGCAUUCAAUUAGUAAGUGAAUAAAACAACAUUUUUAAAUAGUGA